AUGACGUCGCUUCCACGAACCAGCAUCAUUGUCUGCUAUUUCAACGAGUCGCCUUCAGUGCUGAUCCCCGAUGCAUCACUUCAAGCAGCUGAUUAUCAGAGGAAACAUCCUCAAUGGGGUAUGGUAAAGUUCCUUCGGACGCCCUCCAAUCAAGGCCUUAUCAGAGCGAAAGUCUUCGGUGCCAGGAAGGCUCGUGGAGAAGUGUUGGUAUUUCUCGACAGCCAUUGUGAGGUAAAUCAAGAAUGGCUGCAACCGCUUCUUGAGCGCAUCAAGGAAAAACCGGAGAGAGUUGUCUGUCCAAUCAUCGACAUCAUCGAUUUGGAUACGAUGAAGUACGUCGAAUCGCCGGUAUGCAAGGGCGGUGUCAACUGGGGACUCACUUUCAAGUGGGACUAUCCGCCGCACACGUACUUUUCACAAGAUCACAAGAACUUCAUUCGUCCGCUGAAGUCGGCAACCAUGGCUGGAGGACUGUUCGCCAUCGACCGCUCA